AUGUCAAAAAAAUCCAAAGACCCUCUUACUAAUGUGCCGAUAAAUAAAGUUCGAAAACACAAUUUAGAAUACUUUAAUGAUUCUAAUUUUGAAACAAAGGAUAUAAAUGAAGUAACCUCUCUGCUACUAGACUCGCAUAAAACUUAUAACGGAAGACGAUUUUUGAAUGAUGAUGAUUCAAAAUGUGUACUUCCGUCAGACAAAAUAGAACUUGAAAGUGGUACUGCUAUACUUGAUGUUGGGUGUGGCCCCGGUCUUUGGACGAUAGAUAUGGGAUUAAAAUACCCAUCUUCUUUAAUUAUAGCCAUUGAUAUUAAUUCUUCUAAUUUUCCAUCAAGUGAAGAAUGCCCAUCAAAUGUUUGUUACCUUGCAUGCAAUGCGAUUCAUGGUAUUCCAUUUCCUCCAAGCACUUUUGAUUUUGUUAAUAUAAGCUUGAUGUGGAGCGCAUUUACUGAGGAACAAUGGAUUAUAGUAAUCAAAGAGCUUGUUAGAGUUUUAAAGCAUGAUGGUUGGAUUGAAUUUACUGAACCGGAUCCGAUGAGUAAAAAUUGUGGAGAGAACUUAACAUGGCUGUUGGAGUGUUUUUCGAAUGCUUGUCGAGAUAUACGGGGUGUUAAUAUCAAUAUUUAUGAAAAAAUACCAAAAUAUAGUAAGGAAAUGGACGUACUCGAAGAUCUGAGAUGUUUGUCGCUAGAUUAUCCACUAGGUGAAUGGUAUGGAUGUUUUGGUGAAUAUGCAGUAGAAAACUUUAAACGAAUGCUUCAAGGUGUGGUUUUUCUUCCAAAAUACAUGGGGAUAUCUAAUGAGAAAUUUAAUGACUUAUUGAAUGACUAUGUUGAAGAAGCAAAUAAAAAUGAAGCUUCUUUUAUAAU